CACCCUCUCUAGAAGUAUAAUUAUUGGUUGUCCACAUUACUCGAAUCCAGAGUCAUAUUUAAUACGGCUCCGUUCGAAUCUUAUUCUGGUUGUUCUAGAUAUACAAUCUACUGAACAUAGGGCAUACGUUUUUUUCUGCUCUCUUCUGAAUGGCCCAUCGUAACACCAUUCAUUGGUUACAUCACUCAAUAUUACACUGUCACAUAAGAGAAGAAAUUAGGGUUCUGUAACUCGCACACUCUGUGGUAUUGACAUCAUGACGGCGUAAUUUGAUUUGCAUUUCAUCAAUGAUUUUAUUUGUUUGGCUUUCAAGCCAGCAUAAUCGUUCGGACAAGACCCACAGACUGGAUACGUUAAUGCUGGCUGAACUGAACAGUGCGUUCUAUUUACCAACGCUACUGUAGCUAGUUCAUUAGCCAGCUAAGCUAGCUAGCUAGCUUGCCAGUCAACACACUUUUGGCUAGUUUUUUUUAUUACUCUGUGAUAUUCCCCACAUUCCUAUUUAUAUCUUUUUUGCCGACUUAAAUAAAAUAAUGUCAUGCCCAUGCAGAUCAGCGGCGAGAUUGUUCAUAACUUCUCAAAAAGGUAUCUCUAACACCAGAGUCCAGUUAUUUUCUAUUAGCAGACUAGGAACACCUGAAAUCCGAUUAAGCAGAAGAGUUCCUGUGAGAUCCUUCUCCAAAUCAUCUGUAUAUUUUUCAUCAAAAGACAUCAAAGAUGGCUCCGGCGAUGGAGGAAAGAAAUCAGUUGGUGAUGCGGGAAGUGGGAAAAGAGGAGGCUCCGGUGGCUCCGGGAAAGGAGGCAGCCAGCUACGCUGUCCCAAGUGUGGAGACGCCUGCACACAUGUAGAAACCUUUGUGUCUUCAACCCGCUUUGUGAAAUGUGAGAAAUGUCAUCACUUCUUUGUGGUGCUGUCAGAGACCGACUCCAACAAGCGUCUCAAUAAGGAGCAGGGAGCAGCCAACGAGGCCGUCAAACUGGCCUUCCAGCAGAAACCCCCUCCUCCUAAAAAGAUCUAUGCCUACCUGGAUAAGUACGUUGUUGGCCAGUCCUAUGCAAAGAAGGUGCUGGCGGUGGCUGUUUACAACCACUACAAGCGCAUCUACAAUAACCUUCCGGGAGCGGGCACCAAGCCACAGGCGGAGGUAGAGAAGCAGGCCUCCCUGACUCCACGAGAGCUGCUGCAGAUCUCCGGGAUCAGUCCCCAUGGCAACGCGCUGGGUGCAUCAGUGCAGCAGCAAAGCCAGCAGCCUGCCCAGGAGAAGAGGGGGGGCGAGGUGCUCGACUCUCACCACACCAACAUCAAACUGGAGAAGAGCAACAUCGUGCUGCUGGGACCCACCGGAUCAGGUAAAACCCUCUUGGCCCAGACUCUUGCUAGGUGUCUGGAUGUGCCCUUCGCUAUCUGCGACUGCACCACGCUAACCCAGGCAGGCUAUGUGGGCGAAGACAUUGAGUCUGUGGUGGCCAAGCUCCUCCAAGACGCCAACAACUCUGUUGAGAAAGCACAACAAGGCAUCGUGUUCCUGGAUGAGGUGGAUAAGAUUGGCAGUGUGCCCGGAAUCCACCAGUUACGAGACGUGGGGGGUGAGGGAGUACAGCAGGGUCUACUCAAACUCCUGGAGGGCACUAUCAUCAACGUCCCCGAGAAGAACUCCAGGAAGCUGAGAGGAGAGACUGUCCAGGUGGACACCACCAACAUCCUGUUUGUGGCCUCCGGUGCCUUCAACGGCCUGGACCGGAUCAUCAGCAUGAGGAAGUGUGAAAAGUAUCUGGGCUUCGGCACACCGUCCAGUAUGGGCCAGGGGCGUCGGGCAGCUGCGGCCGCAGACCUGGCCAACAGCAGCGGAGCGGAGAUGGACGCUCGUCUGGAGAUCGAGGAGAAGGACCGGCUCCUGAAGCAUGUGGAGGCCCGGGACCUCAUCGAGUUUGGGAUGAUCCCCGAGUUCGUGGGGCGCCUGCCUGUGGUGGUGCCCCUGCACAGCCUAGACGAGGAGACCCUGGUUAGGAUCCUGACAGAGCCACGCAAUGCUGUCAUACCCCAGUACCAGGCCCUGUUCAGCAUGGACAAGUGUGAACUGAACGUAACUCCAGAUGCCUUGAGAGCCAUCGCCAGGUUGGCUUUGGAAAGGAAGACCGGUGCUCGUGGGCUAAGGUCCAUUAUGGAAAAAUUACUUCUUGAACCCAUGUUUGAAGUGCCACACUCAGACAUCAUGGCUGUUGAGCUGAACAAAGACGUAGUCCAAGGGAAAUCAGUGCCUGUGUAUGUAAAAGCAGCUGCUAAGGAGUCUGUUGAGGAGGAGUAUGACUCUGGGAUAGAGGAGGAGAGCUGGCCAAGGCAGGCGGAUGUAGCCAACAACUAACUAACAGAUGCUGCUGUCACCUCACAAACUCAGUGCAAAAUGGAACUUCAGAAAUUGCCAUCAUUCCGAUUGAAUAAGCUAUGGGUUUUUACAAAGACCAUUAUUGUAACUUCAAAUGUAAUUAUGUCAUCUGAAUUACAUCAAUGUUGAUCAUGAUGAUGUAGGUUAUACGGUUUCAUACAUCGGAAGAAGUUUGUUCCCAUAUUGGUGCAAAGGUUUAAGAAUGAACAUUUACUAAGUAUUCUCCACCCAUCUUUCCCAGAGAGAGAGAAAGGGAGAGAAAACAUUCAUCUGUUUAAAUGUAAAGAUACUUUAGUUUUUUUGGUUUUAACCACCAUGUCCCUUUGAUGUAAUUUAGGAAGCCAUUUUGUUUCUUCACAACUCUCUGAUGACAAGGUCAGCCAGGUCAUAGAAACCAGCAUUCUUUACAGAACAGGUAUUUAUAGUCAAAAUGUUAACUUUUUCAAAAAAGGUCUGUUUUGCUGCUCUGUGGUGGAUUUGAAAUAUCCAACACUGGAAUUCCUAGUAUACUGUAUGGACAGUUAGUAUGCCAUGUAUGAGAUUAAACGUGGAAGAUAUCUGGGCUCGAGAUGGGGGGCUUGAAUUGAUCCCAACCAGCUUUGAUAAUGUGAGAUUUUCAACACAUUUUCCCAUUGUGGUUUUUUGACGUUUCUUUAUGGAACAAUUUAGAACUACCUACGUCUGUAACGAAGCCAUGACAUCACUGGUGUUUUUGAAUGGAAACAUACUAGUCUUUAGAAAUGCAUUGUCUGAUUUGCUCAACACUGUACACUUAGAAACUGUUCAUUCAAUGCAGUUUCUUUAAAAGAAGCUGGGCUUUUUUUGUACACUUUAUAUACAGAUAUAUAACGUUUUGAAAU